AUGUCGGAAUUCAAGAUCAAGGUUCCAGACGACUCCAUCAACUUUCUCAAAAAGAGGCUCGAGUUAACGCGACUUCCAGACGAGAUUGAUGGGGCAGGAUGGGAUUACGGGGCGCCUUUAUCCGACAUAAAACGUUUGGUUGCAAGAUGGAAGGAUGGGUACGAUUGGAGGAAACAUGAAAAAGCUCUCAAUGAUGAGUUGCCGCAGUUUACAAGGGACAUUGAAGUUGAAGGGCACGGAAAUUUGAACAUACACUAUGUGCAUAAGGAGAGCAAGUCAAAGGGUGCCAUUCCUCUGCUCUUCGUACAUGGAUGGCCGGGAAGCUUCAUUGAAGUCAAGAAAAUUCUACCCCUUCUCACGGCCACUGAGGAAGGUCAGCCGAGUUUUCACGCCGUUGCUUUGGGCUUGCCUGGAUAUGGGUUUUCCGAGGGGACAAAGAAGAAAGGUUUUGCUUUGAAACAAUAUGCGGAGGUGGGGCAUAAGCUGAUGCUCGCUUUGGGGUAUAACGAGUACGUUACACAAGGGGGCGACUGGGGAGCCAUCAUAAACCAUGUCAUGGCCUCCAUCUACGGACCCAAUCACGUCAAAGCUUACCACACCAAUAUGCCUUUCAGUGAUCGAUUCGGACCACCGCCCGGUGUGGACAUCUCCAGCUACACCCCAGAGGACCUUAUUGGACUAGAAAAGCUCAAAUGGUACACUACGAAAGGAAACGGCUACUUUAUUGAACAAUCGACGCAACCGCAAACACUUGGGUACAGCUUGAGUGAUUCACCUGUUGGACUUCUUGCAUGGAUAUAUCAGCUACUGGUGGUCUGGUCCGAUAAUUAUGCUUGGGAUGAUGAUGAGGUUCUCACAUGGGUCUCAAUAUAUUGGUUCUCCCGCUCGGGCCCAGCAGCGAAUAUUCGCACAUACUACGAGGUGGUUCAGGGCGGGGACUUGGGGGGUGUCACUGAGGCACCAAAGACAACAAUCCCGUAUGGUGCAUCUUACUUUCCAAAGGAGAUUCUUACCGUGCCAGUAUCGUGGCUCUCUGACCGGAACGUAGUCUUUCAGUCUCGUCAUAAGAAAGGUGGUCAUUUCGCUGCGUAUGAAGUGCCGGAUCUGCUGGUUGAGGACUUGAGAAAGAUGUUCGGGAAAGGUGGGCCAGCGUACGGGGUUGUUGGAGGAAAGGAUGGAUAUGCGUAA